ACGCGCUUCUUCGAUCUGCGUUGCUCUCCCUGUCCUCGAUGUCGCUGGCGAUGUUCAUGGGUCUCACGCUACCUUCUGCCUCCGCGCUGGCGCUCGGCCGCGCCGGCCGCUUCGCCGCGCAGCAGCGCUUCGCGGCGCGCGGCGCGGUCCAGAUGGCGGCCGACGGCCCGGUCUGCAUCGUCACCGGCGGCUCCCGCGGCCUCGGCCGCGCCAUCGCACUCAGCCUGGGCAAAGAGGGGUGCCGCGUGGUGGUCAACUAUGCCGCCUCCGCGGCGGCGGCCGAGGCGGUGGUGGAGGAGAUCAAGGGGCUCGGCGGCGACGGCGUGGCGGUGCAGGCGGACAUGUCUUCUCCUGAAGGGAUCAACACGCUGUUCAAGGCCACCGCGGAUGCGUUCGACGAUCCGGUGGGUGUGCUCGUGAACAACGCGGGCAUCACGCGCGACACGCUCAUCCUGCGCAUGAAGCAGCAGCAGUGGGAGGACGUCAUCAACACCAACCUGAACGGCGUCUUUUACGCCUCGCAGGCGGCGGCCAAGACCAUGUGCAAGGCGCGCAAGGGGCGCAUCAUCAACAUCGCCUCCGUCGUCGGCAAGAUUGGCAACCCGGGCCAGGCAAACUACGCGGCGGCAAAGGGAGGCGUCAUCGCGAUGACUAUGACGAUGGCCAAGGAGCUGGCGUCGCGCGGCGUGACCUGCAACGCCGUGGCGCCCGGCUUCAUCUCGUCCGACAUGACUGACGUGCUGGACGAGAAGAUCGUCUCCGAGGUCAUGAAGGGCAUCCCCGCGGGCCGGUUUGGGAAGCCCGAGGAGGUGGCCGGGCUCGUCAAGUUCCUCGCCCUCGACCCGGCCGCUGACUACAUCACCGGCCACUGCAUCAACGUCGACGGCGGCAUCGCCAUCGGCACCUGCUGAGGCACUCGCUGAGGCGCGUCCGGGGGCGGGGUGGGGUGGGUUGGCGGGGUGGCGAUGGCCGAAGGCGGCGGCGGCACAGCGAGCGAGCGCGGAUGGCGACAGCGGAGUGGCGGCGCGACGCGCGACCUAUCGCGCGCCGGGGCACGACGCUGCGCUCUGGCCUCUGCUCGCUGGGUGUUGUGUCACAAGACAGCCGGCGGAGACUCGCACUUGGAGCACUUGGAGUGCAGUCAUUAAACCCGGCGCCACGUUUUUCUUUCUGCUGUCGCUGCUCGGACUUC